AUGAAGUUUCCACCGAUCCCUGGUUGGAAGCCAGACAGUAACCCAUGGGAUGACUAUCUUUACCCACCCUUCAGUCCCAAGGAACUAACGCGGAGGAAAGGUCAGCCCAUCAAAGUUCGCCUGACCAGUGACAGUCCUGCGAUCAUUGGCUCUAUGGUGUCAUUUACGGCCAAGCUAGAGUACCCACCUUGUCAGAAGGAGGAUGCCAAUGGGGAGCUGGUGUGGGAUGAGCAGUGUCCGGAUGGUGUGGAGCUGGAGGCCUCAGCUAACGGUCAGCUGAAGCAUGGCUAUGUGUUUAACUGGACCUCCUGGCUGGAUGACUACGGCUUUGGAAAGUGUACUGACCUGAAGAGAUGUAACGUCUUCCCAGAUGGGAAACCCUUCCCUCAGAGCAACGACUGGAGACACAAGGGCUACGUCUACGUAUGGCACUCCAUGGGUCAGUACUCUGAGACGUGCGAUGGCUCCUCUUCCACCCUGACAGUGAACACCAGUGACAUCACUCAGGGGCUGGAGCUGAUAGAAGUCAUGGUGUACAGGAAACGUGAGCGCAGGAAGUACAGCCCCCUGGCCACAGACAAGACCGUCUUCUUCGUCACAGACAAGAUCCCAGUGGCGGUGAAUAUUUCCCAGAAGGCAGCAUCCAACCUGUCGGCGAGCGUGUUUGUGUGUGGCGAGGACGUGGUGUUCAGUGUGUCUGUUCACGACCCCAGUAACUACCUGAAGACUGCCGAUGCCGUCGACUACAUCUGGGACUUCAAGGAAGGCAACCAGCUGGUCACCCAUAGCAACGUGGCCACGCAUGCCUACAGCGCGGUCGGCGAAGUUAACGUGAAGCUGAUGGUGGAGGUGGCGAUCAAGAUCCCGUGCCCCCCGCCAACACCGAUGAGUGUUACUUCGCCACAAACUACAGCGGCUCCUACACCUCCCACUGGCACUCACUCCAUCACUAGCAAAAUGGAAACAACCCAUGGUUAUGUGCCAGUCACCACUGCCAGACCCACCUCCAAGGGCCCCAACACACCUGUUCCCAGGACAACAGGCUUCCAGACGACAGAGCCCCUCCCCUUGACUGUGGCUGAUUUGACCCAGGGGUUCAACCCGACCUCGCUGAUGCCAGCUGUCCCCACCCCUAUGGACCAGCUCCCUCACAGACACCUGACGGCCACCGACUGCUUCCGCUACCUCUACGGAACUUUCCAGACCAACAUCACCAUCAUCGAGCACCUAAUCAACAGCCAGCCAGCCAAUCGAAUCGUGGACGUGUCUGCUACCAAGGUGACCAACACUGACAUCAGCUUCCUGGUCAAGUGCCUGGGCAGGUACGAAAGUACUUUCCUUCUCUCCUGGUCUCAUACCUACAUCUCUUUGCACUCCUUUCUACUUAUUUCCCUUCCUCUCCUCGAUCCAACUCUCUAUCACUGUCCAUUUCUCCUUUUUUUUCUUACCACCCUCCCUUUUGUAGUGUCUAAAGCUCCUCGUGCUGCAGAGGUUGUCCUCUCCUCCAGUGCUAUCCUGGUAGCCAUCUUUGCCUUCAUCGCCUUCAUAGUCUACAAGCGCUAUAAGGUCUACAGACCUGUGACGAGGUCCCUGGUGGAGGAUGCCAGUGUCCAUGUUGAGAUCGGGGGUCGUAUGGGCCGGCUGAGGGAGAUCAUAUUCCCCACCAACGAGGAGAGUCGCCGCCUGCUGACGGACAGACGCCCCGUGUAGACCCACCGUCGGUACUACAGAAGGGAAGAGAAAUAAAACAAAUAGAACUUACACUCGUCUGUCAGUUAGGAUAUUGAGUAUCUGUUCUACACCAUACAUUUCUAUCUGAAUGUUCUGUAAUGUUAUAUAAUCCUGAACAGGAGCAAGUGUUUUUACUUAGAGGUUCUUUAGUAACAAAUGAUACAUUUAGCACAUUUUAUAUAUGCAUCACAAAGAUUAUAUAUAUAUAUAUAUAUCAAUAACCAAGAGAACUUCUUUACAUUUUAGUUUGUCAAAGUAAUACUGUUAAUAGGUAAGAUGUGCUGAAAAAUAUGAAUAUAUUUUCUGUUUAGUUCACUUUGUAGUAGAAAAGCACAAGUAUGUGGCAAAUGGCAAGAGUUAAGAAAAAUUUGCAAUAAAGCUCAGUGUUUUGAAGUUGGGGCGGGGCAGUGUUUAAGGCAGUGCUGGGGUGUAUUCAUUCCAACGAUUCUGUUGCAAAGCAUUUCUUAAACAGAACGAAACGGUGCUGGACCUACCUGAAUUUGUCCAAUAGACACUCGUUUUGAUCUGUUUGCUUCCAUUUGGUUCUUAAACUGUAAACAGUUUCUGUAAUGAAUACACCCCUGGUGUGAGCGUGAUAGUAAGGUCCUUCCCCAUUUCAAUCCCUAGCUUCUUCCCCUAGUCUUUUCAGAUCUGUGAACUCCAAAGAGAAAUGGGGCUAGGAACUAAAAUGGAACUGGGCCAAAUGGAACUGCUUUAAAGUUAAACGGGUCUAAUGGUUUUGGAAAUAAAAUUUAGUAAAUAUCUUUGUAGACUUUCACAAGCCUAACAAUGUGUUACUUUUAGAAAAUGUUCAAAUAUUAGCUUUAACUGUACAUCCCACUGCCCAUUCUCUAAUGUGCAUAUCAUUUACAUUUGUUGCACGAAUGUACUGAAUUGUAGUCAUUUAGUUAUUAUAAAAGCCAUAAUUUCAAACCAAUCUAAAAAUGUAAUUUUGUUCUGGAAAGAUUCAAAUGAAGAUUGUGAACUAACCACUGUUUGUGAAUAUACUGGUAAUGUCUGUAGCCUAACGAUCUGCAUGUGUCUUGGGAGUAGGGGGGGUUACAAGUGAUGAAACAAGUAACCGGAUUUAAAUAUCAUUUAAAGUUGGAUUUUUGACACUACACUGUUGCAGUAACUGAACACAGUUGAGGCUAAAGUUAGCUGGAGUUUGUACUGGCUUUAGAGAACCGAACUACAGAUUCCAGUUCAGCAUGCUCCAUAGACACAUUACCAAAAGUAUGUGGACACCAGAUAUGAUACAACACUCCCAAUUGCAGUUCCAACAUCUUACCACUGCUACAGCUAGCUAUCAGCGGAGCAUUGUCUGGCAGGGAAACAGUUCAUUCAGCCUCAUUUACUG